AUGGUGCGCCUCAGAGAGUUGCCUCGAACGGCGGCUUUCGCCUGGUUUCCGGGUUCGGGAAAGCCGCUGCUGGUCACUGGAACACGAGCCGGUGCGGUGGACGACGACUUCUCCGAUGACAGCAAGCUCGAGAUAUGGGACCUGUCUCUGGAUGAUCAGGAGCAGGGCUUGGAGCUCCAGCCUAUUGCCAGCAUUUCCACAGAGUCCAAAUUCUACGACAUUGCCUGGGGCGCCCCUGACGCGGAGCACCCUAAGGGUAUCAUCGCCGGUGGCUUGGAGAGCGGAUCCCUCGACCUCUGGGACGCCGAGAAGCUCAUCUCCGGCUCGUCGGAUGCGGCCAUAUCCCAGACCCAGAAGCACACGGGUCCCAUCAAGGCAGUCCAGUUCAACCCGCUCAGGCCCCAGAUCCUCGCCACCGCCGGCGCAAAGGGCGAGCUCUUCAUCUAUGAUGUUAAAGACAUAUCCAACCCUUUCCGCCUUGGAAAUGCUGCAGCUCGAUCCGACGACAUUGAAUGCCUAGCUUGGAACCGCAAGGUCUCGCACAUUCUGGCCACCGGUGGCACGGGCGGUUUCGUCACCGUGUGGGACUUGAAGACUAAGAAGGCGUCGCUCACGCUCAACAACAGCCGCAAGCCUGUCAGUGCCAUCGCGUGGGACCCCCACAACUCGACGAAGCUUCUCACGUCCACGCCUGACGACAACACCCCCGUCAUCUUCCUGUGGGACCUUCGCAACUCCAACGCCCCCGAGAGGACCCUCCAAGGCCAUGAGCAAGGCGUUCUGUCUCUAUCGUGGUGCUCCCAGGACAGCGACCUCGCUCUAUCCUCGGGCAAGGACAACAAGACGAUUGUGUGGAACCCGCAGACCGGCGAACGUCUCGGCGAGCUCCCCGAGCUCACAAACUGGACCUUCCAGACGCGCUUCAACCCCCACAACCCCAACCUGUCAGCCACUGCCAGCUUCGACGGCAAGAUUACCGUCCAGACCCUGCAGAACACCAACCCAGACACAUCGCAGGCAGCCGCUGAGAAGAACCUGAACGACGAGGACUUCUUCAGCGCCGCUCAGACACAGCCUCAGGAUGCCUCGUGGUCGCUAGGAAAGGCACCCAAGUGGUUCGAACGACCCGUCGGUGUCUCCUUUGGCUUCGGCGGCAAGGUUGUCGUCUUCAAGGCCAACCCGUCCAAGCCCGGCCAGCAGCGUUCAUCUAGCAUCUCGAUUGCCAACUUCUCGGUCGACUCUGACGUGUCUUCCGCCACCGAGAAGUUCCAGUCCGCCAUUGCCUCUGGCGAUCUGACGGCCAUCUGUGCCGAUAAGAUCGAGCAGUCCAAGACGGAUGAGGAGAAGGCUGACUGGCAGGUCAUGCAGACCCUUGUCGGAGAGAACCCCCGCGGCAAGAUUGUCGAGUACCUCGGCUUGGAGGAGGACGAUCUGGCCAACGGCGAGGACAAGCCUGAGGCUGACGAGGACGAUAAGGGUGAGACCGCCGCCGCCACUGAUGAGGAUGGCGAGACGGACGAGACGAGGAAGAAAGAGCUGUCCAAGAUGUUUGAUGAGGGCGAUGGCGACGACGAUGACUUCCUCAACGGCCUGACGGCCACAAAGGGCGCCAAGACAGACAACCCCUUCCAGCUCUUCAGCGACUCUGACACCUCAGUCGAGAAGGACAUCACCAAGGCUAUCAUGCUGGGCAACUUUGCCAAGGCCACGGACAUAUGCCUGAAGGAGGACCGCAUGGCUGACGCCUUUCUUAUUGCCAACUGUGGUGGCCAGGAACUUGUGGACAAGGUGCAAUCCGCCUACCUGUCCAAGAAGAGCGGAGUCCCAAGCUACAUGCGCCUCCUGGGCUCCGUCGUCAACAAGAAUCUGUGGGAUAUCGUGUACAAUGCAGAGCUCGGAAACUGGAAGGAGGCCAUGGCUAUUCUGUGCACCUUCUCCGACCCCGCCGAGUUCCCCGACCUGUGCGAGGCCCUUGGUGACCGUAUCAACGACGAGGGUUCUCGCAAGGACGCCUCCUUCUGCUACCUGGUAGGCUCCAAGCUCGAGAAGGUCGUCUCGAUCUGGGUUGCGGAGCUUGAGGAGGCCGAGCAGGCCGGCAUCACCCAAGCCGAGGAAGGCUCCACGUUCUCGGUCCACGCCAAGUCCCUACAGAACUUCAUCGAGAAGGUCACCGUCUUCCGCGAGGUGAGCAAGUUCACCGACAGCGAGAAGGAGCUGACCUCCGGAUGGAAGCUGGCGACCCUGUACGACAAGUACACCGAGUACGCCGACAUCCUGGCUGGUCACGGCCAGCUAAACGUUGCUCAGAAGUACCUGGACCUCCUGCCGUCCAACUACGCCGCUGCCGAGAUUGCGCGCAACCGCGUCCGUCUUGCUACCCAGAAGACGACGGUUGCGCCGCGGACGGCCGCCGCCGCGGCCGCUAGGCAGCCAGCUUCGGCUAGCCGAACGUCGUCCAGGGUGCCGCCUGGCAUGGGCUACCAGCCAACACAACCUACUAUCCCGGCCCCCGCCCCGGUGCCUUCUGCCAACCCCUACGCGCCUACAGUCCAGGCUUACACACCUACGCCCCAGGCGUACGCUCCGAACCCAUAUGCGCCGCCCCAGAAUGCAUACGCUCCCCCGGCGCAGCCCGGAUACCCUGGCGGUAUCGCGCCUCCCCCCAUGGCCGGCCCGGCGAGAAACCAGACGCCCACGCGGCCCCCGCCCGCCAAGCCCAAAAGCACGGAGAACUGGAACGACGUACCCAUGGUCGCGAGGGCUCCUCCUCCCAGGAGGUCAACCCCCAGCGCUGCGCCCAUCACCUCGCCUUUCCCCGGCAACCAGCAGGCAUCACCUUCGGGACCUCCGCCGGCUGGGUUUUACGGCCAGCGUUCCGUGGCCAGCCCUCCCCCUCCUCCUCCCAAGGGUCCUGCUCCCGCUCGUGUUCAGUCGCCGCUGGCCGGACCUCCUCAGGGACCUCCCCGUCCAUCCUCGGCUGCUAACAUGUACGCCCCGCCGCCCCCCGCGGUCGGUUCUGCUGCUGGUCAGGCUCACACCCCUAUCCCGCCGAGCGCGUCCCCCUACAACGCUCCGCCCACUGGACCUCCCCCGUCCAACAGGUACACGCCUGCGCCUGCUCCCCAGCAGGCCACCCCGCAGCCCGGCACGGUCCCCAUCGCCCCUCCACCAGGAGCCGUCAGGCCCCCGCCUGCAGCCAACCCUUAUGCGCCGUCGCCUCAUCAGCCGACCCAGAGCAACCCGUCCGCGCCUGCUGCCUCGCCAUACGCACCCCUCCCUUCGGCUUACGUGCCACCGACGGCUACGCAGACGGCACCUCCCCAAGCUCCUCCUACCGGCCCCCCCACGGGACCGCCUCCCGGGGGAAGGCCUGGACCUCCCCCCGGCGCAGCUCCCGUGGCGACACCUCCUCCCGCGGCUGCUGCCGCACCCCCUCCCAAGCAGAGGCACCCGCCCGGCGACCGGUCGCACAUCCCUGCCGAUGCCCAGCCUUUAGUCGAGGUCUUCAGCUCGGAGAUGCAGCGCGUCGCGUCCAAGGCGCCCGCCAACUUUGCCGCGCAGGUCAAGGACACGCAGAAGCGCCUGGGCCUCCUCUUCGACCACCUGAACAACGAGGAGCUGGUGCAGCCGGCGACCAUCGAGCAGCUCUCGCAGAUCGCCCAAGCUGUGCAGAGCAGGGACUACGCCACCGCUCAGAGACUGCAGGUGGAGAUUCAGACCAACAAGACGGACGAGUGUGGCAACUGGAUGGUCGGUGUCAAGAGGCUCAUUAGUAUGAGCAAGGCGACUCCGUAA